AUGGUAAGAGAUAUUGUUUACAUUCACAAAGAGGGCGGCUUCGAAAUAUGCAAUUGGAAUAGUAACAGUGUAGUAGUGUUGGACAGCAUACCAAAAGAGACCUUAGGUACAGUGGCGGUAAGUCUCAAAAUGGGUCAGCAGUGUGAAGGAGAACGAACGCUCGGUCUUAUUUGGUUUCCCGCUAAAGACGAGCUGGGGUUUGAUUUAUCCUUCAAGCGCAUUCCAGAGUACGUAGUGAACGGAGCACAAGUGCCUACUAAAAGGGUUAUGCUGCGAGUAAUUAUGUCUAUUUACGAUAUUUUUGGUUUCUUGUCGCCGUUCACAAUACAAGGUAAAAUAAUGCUUCAAAAUCUUUGGCGAUCAAACAUUGGCUGGGACGACGAGAUUCCCAAUAGCAUUUUUAAUAAAUGGAAAACCUGGAUCGAUUUGCUAAAGGAAAUGAGUAAUGUACGCAUUCCUAGGUGCUACCUAAGCCCUCUAGGUGCGAGCGAGACAGGUGAUCGCAUGGCAACGGACACAGCUGAUAUUGUAGCAGGUCAGUGCUCCCCCGCGCCCCGCGGCCCGCCUACGACGGCGCAGCCCGCUACGGCCUCUACGCGACUGACCGGGAGCUACGAAACCGCGCGAGCUACGAGUGCUACGAAGUACAAUAACACACAGCUGCAUGUUUUUUGCGAUGCAUCUACUAAAGCGAUGUGCGCUGUAGCUUAUUGGCGGUGGACGUGCAAUGGUAAUGUGUUUGUUGCAUUUAUAGCAAGUAAAUGUCGAGUUGCGCCGGUAAAACCACUGACUGUGCCGCGACUAGAGUUGCAAGCAGCGCUUCUAGCGGCGAGACUCGCCGACACCAUUGUUAAGGAGCAUAAGUUGAGCGUGUUACAGCGAUUAUUUUGGAGUGACUCGACCACGGUUUUGCACUGGAUUAAUAAUGACGCGAGAAAUUAUAAAACAUUUGUAGCAAACCGGUUGGGCGAGAUUGAUGAGGUCACUAGUAGUAAAGAAUGGCGAUACGUGCCUACUGAAUUAAAUGUUGCGGAUAUAGCUACACGCGAAACCUACGACGACGCCAUUUUUAAGAGUGUAUGGUUGGGGGGGCCCUACGUUUCUGCGUGA